UAUCAGACUUAUCAUCCAGCAAAGUCAAAGUCCACCUGGCCACAACAACAGUACACAUUUUACAAAAGAUAUUCUCCACCUGCUCUGACUAAGUAUUACCAGUUUACUUCAAACAGUGAUUUUAACGUAGAAGGGAGUGUAGACAACUAAAGCAAAAUAAGUAGACAAGCAAGUGGACUACGGCACUUACCAUGAUGGAAACAACAUCCUCUCUUUUAAAGUCAGUGUCUAGACGGGUUUGGGCUCCUCCUCAGCGUCCAUUCAGAGUGUGUUCCUGGAACAGAGAGAUUAAAAAAGGAGUCACUGCAGGAACUUUAGAGGAGCUAAAAGAGAAGGCGGCCCAGGUUCUCUUGAUAUCUAAUGUGCUGACCUUGGUGUGUGAGGAGGAUGGGACAGAGGUUGACUCAGAUGAAUUUCUCACUGUCCUACCAGACAACACCGUUUUUAUGGGACUGAAACCUGGAGAGACCUGGAAACCUCAUCCUUUACAUCAAAGGAGUGGUUAUAAACCAGCUGACGACAAGCCAAGGACAGGAAGAGACAUUGCUCAAGUCACCUUUGAUCUUUACCGUACAAGCCCCAAAGAUUUAUUUGGCUCACUGAACGUGAAAGCCACAUAUCAAGGGGUCUACUCUGUCAGUGCCGAUUUUCAAUGCCUGGGACCAAAGAAAGUCUUGAGGGAGGCCCUUAAAAUGAUGUCAGCUCUCCUUCAUGCUGCUGGUUACCUGCUGAUCUCAUCUGCUAAUGUGAUUCGCCGUGUCAUCCAGGGGGCGGAUUUUCUUGACGCUCAGCAAGGCAAACCUGUCGCUCACACGGCGUACUGGAAAUAAACUAAGAGAUGUAUCUGUAGAGGCACUGUAAAUGGAGAGAUGUUUAUCUUUGUGUAUAUUUUCUUAGACACUGAUUUGUUACCGCUUCAUUUGCAGAUUGUUUCUUUGCUAUGGCGAUAACUGUAUAUUCACCGAAAAAUGCUAAUGUUUCUAUGAAAACAGACCUUUUAGAGUAAUUUUAAGUUUUCUUUUAUUAUUUCAGGAUUACUCAAUGUUUGCAGAAAUAGAUUCUAUGGGUUUGACCAGUGUUGGGGCUUAAUUGGCGUUACGCAUUACAAGUAACGUACAUUACCUAAUAAUAAUAUUACUUUUCUGAAAUAACGUGUAAAGUAACGCAUUACUUUUUAAAUCUACACAUUUAUAUUUUAGUUACUUUUUCAAAAAAGUAAUGCAAGUUACUUUUUUAGUUUAAUUAAUUCAAUUAAAAAAAAUAAUGUACUGAAUUAAACUAAACGUAGUCACAUUAUGCACUCUAUGCGUACAUGCCUGUGUGGGAACAGUUUGAGUCAGAAACUGAGAUGGCAGGUCAGAGCUGGACAUUUUUGUGAUAAAAAACUUUUCAGUCAUAAAAAACACCUGCAAGGCCUGAAAGAGAUCAAGCCUCAGCCAAGAAAAAGUAAUGCAAAAGUAACUAAAAAGUAACGUAAGCAUUACUUUCCAUGAAAAGUAACUAAGUAACGCAAUUAGUUACUUUUUUGGGAGUAACUUAAUAUUGUAAUGCAUUACCUUUAAAAGUAACUUCCCCAACACUGCUUUUGACCCUUUUUUGGAAAAGUCCGCUCUAUUAUCACAUAUAGUGAAAUGUUUAUUAUUUUAUGUGCUAGACUACUGUAUGAUAAUGUAAAUAAACGGAUGUGUUCAUGACAGUGAAUGAGUAAAACAGUAAUAUAUUACAUUUAAUAUAGGAUUGUUUUAAAAUCUAUUUAUUAAAACCAAAUUUGUACAAAGAGCUUGGGCACAGAUAAGGACAGUCUCUAUAGUCAAUUCACUCAAUGCAUAAACUAUAAUAAACUGUCAUUUAGUACUACAAGAUUUUAUUUAUCAUUUA